UCAUUCGAAAUAAACUUGAGGGGGACUAAAUUCCUCUCCACGUCCCCCUUUGUCAGGGACUUGAUGCAUGCUCUCGUUAAGGGUGACCAGGCAACUACUUACCCCAGUGGGGGAUUUUAUGUUGAUAGAAACCCAAUGAUUUUUCAUCACAUUUUGGAUUACCAUUCUGGAGGCGAAUUUCAUCUUCCAAAGAAUAUAUGUCCACUUCAAGCACGCAAAGAGAUAGAGUUUUGGAGAAUACCUUCCAAAGACAUCCACAAUUGCUGUUUUGAAGUUCUUUACAAUGAAAACAAUUAUCAGUAUACAUGCAUUGAGAAUUUAGAGAGCGAUCUGAAAGUACAGAAAAAUCAAUCUGUGUCGCCCUUGUUUGGGGAGAAAAAAGUCAGAAAUUGUUUAGGAAGACUCCGAUAUAAACUGUUGGAAGCUUAUUUGCAUCCACUUACUACAUGGACGGGAAGGGUGUGGCUUUUUAUCUCGGCCUUGGUUACAAUUACGUCUGUCGUUGUGUACUUGCUAAACAGUGAUCCAAAAUUCCGUAUCCCACGAGAGGGACUUUCGCUUCUCCCAUACAAUUUAACUUACGACAUGAUCAUAGAAAACGAAAAAUUACUUUUCUUUAUAACUACUACACGUGAGCAUGUUAAGAGUGUUUUGGAAUUUUUAACAAACACUUUCCUCCUGCUUGAGCUGUUGGUGCUAUUCAUUAUAACUCAUCAUAAAAGAAGAUUUUUACUCAGCCUUCAAAACCUUUUAAAUUUUGUUACGGGAUUGGCAGUAUAUGUGGCUAUGUAUAUCGACAUCUACUCAAUAUACGAAUUGGGAAAUGAACAUUUCGAUAACUUUAUGAUUGCACUUGGAGUAUUUCAAAGUUUGAGAGUGAUUCGUUUCCUGCGAUUGGUAGAGUCCACACCGGAAAUGAAGAUACUAAAACUCUCUCUACACGAGAGUUGGCGAGAGUUCGUUCUGCUUUUAAUGGUAUUGACGGCCUUCUCUCUCAUCUUCGGGUCGAUCAUGUUUUGGAUGGAGCUAGAUAAUCCCGACACGUUUCCCUCCAUCUUUAUCAGUAUCUGGUGGGCUAUAAUAACCAUGACCACUGUUGGGUACGGCGAUUUUUACCCCAAGACGCCCGAGGGAUACUGUGUCGCCAUAGUUGCCGCAAUUUUUGGGCUGUUACUUUUGGCAAUGCCUAUUACGAUAUUAGCCUCAAACUUCAAUUCCUUUUAUAACUGCUACAAAUACAGAAAAAGACACGUCGAACUUUCAAAAUAG